CAUGUUCAUAUUCAUAACCUGUCAUAUUGAAGUUUGAUGGGAGGGUGUAUCUAUGGUCUCUUAUAUGUACCCUGACCAUGUCUAAUGUAUCUUGGAUCAACCCAGUUAAAGUUAAACAAACAAAAUAACCAGGGUCACAGAAGAGUUAAUGUAAGGUUAUUGAAAUUGUGAACUACAUCUGAGGCUCUUGUGUAACUGACAAUGACUAAUAAAAGUAUUUUUUUUGCUACGUGUCAGUGGGAGAACCCAGAAGCAGCUGCUGGAAUGUAUGGGAUCCGGAGAAAAGAAACCAUCACGCUUUGAAAGAACCCACGGUCAGUCGGACUAUGACCCCAGACAGUGUCGAUCUUCUCCGGAUCUCCUCACUGAAGUUUCCAAAGAGGUAUACGAACAGACCCGUCCGUUUCCCCGGACCAGUCGUGCUCUGGCGGUUCACAGUAAUGAUGAAAUGGACGUACGCCGGCGAGGCCUAAAUAACACCGACCUCAGCGAGGGAGGUGCUAAACGCAGCCAAUCAUCUGGCGAGGUCAAUCAGAGGCCACACUCCCUCGCUCAAGUCACCCCGCUCUCUCCGUCGCUCCACCAGUCGACCCCUUCGCCCAAGUUCAGAUCGUCCUCCGUCUCUUUAAUGGAGGAGACGAGGGCGCAUCGACAAGCUCAAAGGCUAGCGGGGGUCUACGCCAACCGCUCACGACGCCGGCCCAACCCGCAGCCACACCCAGACGCUGCUCAGCAGCUGGUUCUCCUCUACCCAAACUCCCCCGCCUACCAGUACCACCCCGUCCUCCCUUCGUUUCCCUUCGUUGCGCCCUCACCUCUAAACCGACACCACUACUUGUCCGACUAUGUCACCAUUUCCUCACUGGAGCGUUUCCCGCAUGUAGCGAGGCGAGACUAUAUGCCAAUGGACGCUGGCGUCUCGCGGCCGGCUUUCUACCCCUUAUCCCACGAUUCGCCAUCAGUAUCGCCAAUUAGGAGGAACUUUCGCCCUUGUGGAUCAGGGGGUCUUGGACUGGCACGGGUCUACCAAACAGGAAGCAAUGGAGGGAGGCUACUGGGUGUUGGACACACGGAGGCGGGGCAUUACAGUGACGACUCCAACUUCUUGCCUGGGUUACCUCGCCGCGUUGCCAGCCAACCGGAUGUUAAGUUUCAUCUAUCCAGGAGCGCAAACCCGGCCUUUAAUCCCGCCUCUGAGUUCAGACCCCUGGGUUACUAUCCUCACCUUACACGACCCUCCAGACCCGCUUACCUCCCGCUCAACUCUUCGCCUCUGCCUGAUCGGCCCGCCUCCAUGUGCAUGAUCAGCGGUGCUGCAGGAAGCUACAGCAACUCCGAUCCAGAGGUUUUCUACCCCUACUACUGCCCACCUCAUCAGCUGGGGAAGAUGGUGGGGUCCACCGGGCUGGCCAGGAUGAGGUUUUCCUCCGGAAGUCUUCAGCUGGAUGAGGAGGAUGAGGAGGAGGAAGAGGGUGUUGCUAAAAAGGAAUCCAAGGUUGAGGUUGUACAGGACAAGAAAGAGACCAGCGAAGGAGAGAAGGCAAAAACCCAAGCAAAGGUCACGAAAGUCUCUCUCUGA